CCAACCCUUAUCUCAACCCAUCGCUGCGAUUGUUCCCCUGCCACCAUCUCAAAGCCGCUCGCCACCGCAACCCUAAACCUACGCGCAACAUCAUCUUUCCCAGCCACCGUUGCCGUCUGCCCUUUCCGUCGCCAAGACCGAUUUCCAAAUAUACCCUCUGCCCCAAUGCUGUGAUCUUUACGCUCAAAAUUCAAAACCUGAAGUAAUCAGAAUACCCAUUGCUCCCAAAUCAAAACCCAUGCCAUAAUCAAUCCCCAGUUAAUGUCCACCACCCUCAAAACAAUUGAAGAUUGAAUUGCACUAGAGAUGGAGAAGUCAAGAGAAAUGGUUGGAUAUAACGCCUAAGUCUUGAGAAUUUUGAUGGCCAAUUUCGCAAAAUCCGUUUGUGUUAGGCUGGCGGUGGUCAAAGCCUGAGACUUGGGGUGCUCUCCCUAAGGUCUCAUCCAUAUGGAUUUUGCCAAGGUCUUUGAUGGGGCCCCACAAGUGAAUGGGGUGAUUGGUCAUGAGAUUAGUGGAUGUGUGCAUAAGUUGGUGGAGACACCCGUGUUAGCAAAAUCAUACGAAAGUAGAAAUCUUUCGGGCAGAAUAUACUUUCUCAACCAGGGGAAGUUGAAUGAAUAAUGUCUUUGUGAAAAACUUCGGGGGAGAUUUGGCUGUUGACAUAGUGGAGUCAUACCCCGAUCUUGCUUGCAAACAAGAUGAAAAGGGAAUGACUCCAUUGAAUUUCUUUGUCACAAAAGCAUCUUCGUUCAGAAGCAGGUCAUCAUAUGUGUUUUACGAUCUAAGCAGGACAGCCUUCAUCCCCUGGCAGAUAGUUGAAGCUAUAAUAUACUCCUUUAUUCCACCAAUGUAUGUCGAGGCGACUUCAGAGUCACACGCAGCCAACAAUGAAGAGGCUCCAAGAGAUAAUAGAGUUGGUAUCUCCAAAUUAGAAAGGUCUUUCUUCGCCAAAAAAAUCCUAGGUUGUUGGUUGUUCAAAAACAUUGAUGACGCAAAACAAAAACACACACUCGCCUUACUGCUGGCAAAUAGAUUGAUCGAAAAAGAAGAUUGGAGUCGUUACAUUUACUUUCAAAGCACAGAUUCUGGAGCCAGCUCAAUUGAAACAUUAUCAUCACCAAGAGCGCCUGACCCACUAAUUCAAGCAACAAAGCGUGGAAUUCUUGAGUUGGUGAUGGCAAUACUAAAAAAGUACCCUGAGGCUGCAGAUUCCUUUGAUGAAAAUGGAAGGAAUAUAUUACAUAUAUCGGUGGAGCAAAAGCAUAGAUUUCUUAAUGACUACUUGAUGUGUUCCGUUGCAUACAAGGAUAGGAUGUUGGCAGAUGUUGAUUUCCGAGGGAACACAGUCAUGCAUAUGGCAACAUGUUCAGAAAAAAGACCACCUCAAUCUCCUCCUCCUCGGUCUCCUGGAGUCAUGGAUGAAUUGAUACCAAAUGUUCAUGGCCGUCAAGGAAACACUGAUUUUCAUGUGGGGGGAAAGCAGGGAAGUGUUGAAGUAGUCAUCCAGAUGAGUUGGGAUCAUGUCCUUUGGUUUAAGCGUGUGAAGCAUGAUUCUUAUCCACACUUAUGGCACCUUCGUAACUUUGAUGGAAAGUCUGCAGACGAGCUAUUCGUAGAAAAUCACUCAGCUCUACGAGAACAAGCCGAGAAUGCAGCCAAGCACGUGAGUAACAACUUGAUAGUAGUGGCCAUUCUCAUUGGCACAAUCAAUUUCGCAGCCCUUUUUACCCUGCCUUUCGCAGCCCUUUUUACCCUGCCCGAAGGCUUUGAUCAAAACACAGGCAUACCCAUGCUUCUCAAAAGCAACAGGCAAGAAGUGCAGUUCUUCAUGGCAUUCAUAGGGCUAGCUCUUUUCUUCGCUUUCCUCACCCUAGCGACUCUGAUGUUAAUCCAGCUAUCACGGUUUGACACCAGCGAUUUCCACAUGGCGGUACCGGUCAAAACCAUUGUUUCUACUAUCACGAUUAUCCUCUCCGCGGGCUUCUCCGCUACCUCGUUUGGGCAAGGCUAUAUUCUUGAGGGUGAGUUAGGACCCUUCUUGGCCACUUUUUUGAUAUUCUUCAUGUUCCUCGUUAUUAUUGUGUUGGCCCUCGUAGUGAUAGACACAAAGUUGUUGCUAUUCGAUUACAUGUACUAUGCGAUUCGCGAUUGGCUUGUUUAUAAAGGGCCGGAAAUGUAGAAUCAGUUUGUUUGUGGAUUUACAUUUUUAUGUGUGUAUAUGGAGGUUGACACUUCUUUUCCUUUGGAUACUGGGUGGAGGAACCUACUGGAAUGU